AUGGACCCCGGAUUCCCCGAUGUAAUGGCCGAUGGAUACGGUUCCCGGAAUAUGUUUAAAAAUGCGGAUGAUCCAUUCCGCGGAGGGGGACGUCAGUCCGCGGAGGCUUCUCCGCGGAGUGAUGUGUUUCCAACAUUACAGACUCCGCAGUCUCCCCCACGACAACAUAGUCCCGUCCGAAAUAGUCCACCUCCUGUUUCCUCGCCUGCUCGAAGAAGGAUGUACAAGUCCGAAAUACAAACAUCUUCGACUGAAUCUGCCACAAAUGCUUCUUCCUCGCAACAUCUUGAAACAGAAACAAGUUAUAUGUCACACGACACAUCAAGAUUGGAAAAGAAGAAGAAGACGAGCACAAAGGCAUUAGUGAAGCGUCUACUAGGCGUUGUGGCUGACUUAAGUUCUAAAGUAGACCGUGUAUUACAGAAAAAAGAUGAACCCGACACAAUUUUGAACCAGACAGAAGGUUUCGAGAGAGAGAGGAAGAGAUGA